UUUCUCUUGUGCGUCGACUAUUUUUGUGCAGACUUGUGUGUAAUUGGGUAGUGGCUUUCUAGCUGGUUCACCCCACGGGCCUUUAUAUCUCCCCGAGAAGCUGCAGGUUCGCGUCAGGUAACUUUCGUCCGUUUGCAACGCAAGACAUCAAUCACCAUGGAAGAAGAUGAACAAAAGACCGCGAUAAUGCGCAAAGCAUUUCAAAUGUUUGACACCACCAAGAGCGGCUUCAUUGACACCAUAAAGAUCUCGACGAUAUUGAACACCAUGGGCCAGUUGUUCGACGAUGCCGAGCUGAACGCAAUCAUCGCGGAAAACGAUCCCGAUAAGGUCGGAAAAGUAAAUUUCGACGGGUUCUGUAAAAUAGCCGGGAGAUUCCUCGAAGAAGAAGACGCCGAGGCGAUGCAAGAAGAGUUGAAAGAAGCUUUCCGUCUUUACGACCGUGAAGGAAACGGUUACAUCACAACGGCUACGCUUAAAGAAAUUCUCGCGGCUCUUGAUGACAAGUUAACGAGCUCGGACCUCGAUGGUAUCAUUGCCGAAAUUGAUACCGAUGGCUCUGGCACAGUGGACUUUGACGAGUUCAUGGAGAUGAUGACUGGUGAAUAACUCGUGUUCAAGUUAAUCUUCACAAGAAUACUAGCACCCACGCAAAAGACAAAAUUUAAAACGACAACAGUCAGCUUUGUCAUCAUAAGAAGAAAUUAGAUGUUCGCAUGCGAUUUGAUAAUUUUCAUUAUACAUUCAAUCAGUUCUCCACAUCAUCAUUAACAUUAUUUAAUUACUAAUUUUAAUAAUAAUAAUAAUAAUUAUUAAUUAAUAGAUAAAUAGAAUAAAAAUAUUAUUUUCUAGUAUCAAAUAA